AUGACUCAUUCCCGCGCUUUGACGGUAGUGAUGUCAUCGCUAGGAAAGCCGUUGGGUGAAAAGAAGCAACAAUCUCUGUGCAGUCCACAUUUGCCGCGUAUAAGAAAAGACUCGGGUUUUACAAGCAUGGGCAACAAGGGAUCCAAAGGUGCCAAAAGCCUACGUCCACCCAUAAAGAGUGAUUCACGUGGCUUCAAGUUUGGCAAUUACUCUAACGGUGGCCGCGAUGCUGGCAAGAGUGCACCUGCUGCACCCUCUUACCCGUCAAAUGGGCCAUCGUCGGUCCCUGGUCAGCCGCAUUCCCAGCAGCAAACACAGCAGCAAUCCCAGCAGCAGACUGAGGAGGAAUCCGACCUAGAGGAAGAUGACUCUGGUCCGAUUGAGCAGGUGCCCAUUGAAGACAUGGAUGGCCCUGCACGACCUCAGACUAAGCCUGUGGAUUCUGUUGUGACCACGACAAUGAGCGAGACUCAGCGCAACAAGGCGCAAUUUCCUGGCUUUACAUACAAUGCGGAUACCAUCGAUGAAGACCAUAAGGGCAAUUAA